AACAUAUAUCUUCAGCAUAUCCCUCCUCCUUUUUGCUACAGACUUCCGAUCAAUUCUCUUCUCCAAACUAUUCAAACAAAGAUGGGUGAAUCCAUCCUUGGCUCCGUCGUAGCAGCCGCUGUGUCGAGGGUGUUUGCUGUUGCUUCUGAUCUGCUGACUGCUUUUGCUUCUGAUCUGUUUUCUGAUCGGGUCAAUGUAGCACUGGGAUGGGAAGAGGAGCUGGAAAAAUUUCAUGGGUCAAUGAUGAGGCUCCGAAGUUUCUUGCAAGAUGCUCACGAAAAGAAUGUCAGUGGCCACCUUGAUCUGAAGUCGUGGCUCCAGGAACUUCGAGAUAUUGCAGAUGAGGCUGAUGAUAUACUGGAGGAGGUCGCUUAUGAAGGUAUGCAGCGGGAAGUUAACAAAUCAAAGGUCAGGCACUUAACUCUGCCUGACCCCUUGCCCUUGCUAUUUGGCCAGGGAAUGGCUAAUAGAGUUGCGGAUUUGAAUAAAAGACUUGCUGAUAUCAAUUCCUCGGCUCAUCAGUUGGGACUGCAACACAAACUUGCAAACAUGCUUCCUGAAUCCAGAGGCAGGGCAGGCCGAGAGACCCACUCUUUUCUUUCAUCUCGAGUUUAUGGAAGAGAGGAAGAUGUCUCUAAAAUAGUCAGGUUGUUGGUUGACUCAAGUAGUCAGCAUGACCUUCCUGUCAUGAUUAUGGUGGGUAUGGCAGGCCUUGGCAAAACCACUAUAGCAAAAGCAGUGCUUAAAAAUGAUAAAAUACGAGAACAUUUUGGUGAUAAUAAAAUGUGGGUUUGUGUGUCUGAAAAUUUUGAUGUCAAAAUGAUUUUAAUGGAGAUAUUGAAGUCUUGUGGUGGAAGUAGUAGUGGUGAUGGUGAUUUUGGAAGCAAAGAUAUAGUGAUGAAGAAAAUACAAGAGAAGUUGGGGGAGAAAAAUUAUCUUCUCAUACUAGAUGAUGUCUGGAAUGAGGAGAGAGAGAGGUGGGAGGAUUUAAGGGAUUGCUUGUUGGGAAUAAGUGGAAGUAAGGGGAGUAGGGGUAAGGUGCUUGUAACAACCCGGCUUGAAGAUGUUGCAUCAGUAAUGGCACUUACUGAUGAACACAUCCAUCGUCCUCGGCAAUUAAAUGAAGAUGAGUGCUGGAGUAUAAUCAAGCAGAGAGCAUUUGGAGACAAUUCAGUAACUGAGGGGUUAGAGGGAAUUGGAAAACAGAUUGCUAAAAGGUGUAAAGGCAUUCCACUAGUUGCAAGUAUUAUAGGGGCUAUUUUGCAGAAAAAGAGGGACAAAAGGGAGUGGCAGGCAAUUACAGAGAAUUGUGUUUGGGAUUCACUGGAAAAGCAGGAGGGGAUCUUGGAUAUUGUAAAAUUCAGCUAUGAUCGCUUGCCCACACUGGCUUUGAGGCAAUGUUUUGCAUUUUGUUCCAUUUUUCCUAAGGAUUUUGUCAUGAGAAGGAAGAUGCUAAUUCAACUUUGGAUGGCUCAAGGAUUUCUUGAAUCACCUGAAGAAAUUAGUAAUAUGGCAGCAGAAGAUAUUGGUGACAAGUAUUUCAGAUAUUUGUUAUCAUAUUCCCUAUUUCAAGAGGAAUGGAGGGAUGAUGUAACUGGGAGUGUUGAAUCUUGUAAGAUGCAUGAUUUGAUUCAUGAUUUUGCCCAAUCAAUUUCAAAAUCUGAGACGUUGAUUGUUGAGGAGCGGUCUGGUAGCAAUAUUUCUCAUGAUGUUAGGCAUUUGAAUCUAAUUGAUGGGAGGGAAAUGGUGCCAUCUAUUUUAGAAGAUGUUGCUAUAAAGUUGCAGACAUUGUUUUCCAAGCAUAGUUUUUCUAAUGGUGUGCAAGUGGAUCUUAUGAGGUUACGAGUUCUCAGCCUUGAAGAUGCUUGUGAUACAAAACAAUUGCCGACGUGCUUUGGCAACUUGAAGAGGUUGAGGUACUUGGACAUUUCAGGAACUCAAAUAGAAGAACUGCCGGAAUUCGUCUCCGAGUUGUACAAUCUACAAACAUUUAGAUUCGCGAACUGCAGAUCUCUUAAAAUGCCCCCAAGAGGAAUGGGAGAUUUAAUCAACUUGAAGCAUAUUUAUUUCAGUGAUGAAGAGCGUAUGCCUGCAAACCUUGGGAGACUAACCAACCUACAAACAUUGCCAUUAUUUUUUGUAGGUACAACAGAAGGACGUAAAAUUGAAGAAUUGGGAAGCUUAAGAGAACUCAAAGGAAGACUAGAGAUCUGUAAGCUUGAGCUUGUUGCAAGCAAAGCGGAAGCAGAGGGAGCAAAGUUAAAAGACAAGGCAAUCAAGGAUUUGGAAUUUCAUUGGUCGGGAGGUGAAGGCAAUCAAGAUAAAGAUGAAGAUGUCUUAGAAGGCCUCCAACCCCACUCAAAUAUAACAAGAUUACAUAUUGCUGGCUAUGGAGGUAGAAAGUUGGCAUCAUGGAUGUUGUCGCUCAACAAUUUGGUGGUUCUGACAAUUGGCAAUUGCAAGAUGCUUCACAGAAUUCCAGCUAUUAGUGGGCUUCUAUCUCUUCAGCGGCUCCAUGUUUACUGGUGUGAUGAAGUAACUAGUUUGGGUGAUGGUGAUGGGGCAUUUACGUCUCUCAAACAAUUAUCCAUAUUCGACUGCGGUAAGUUAGAGAGAGUUUUGGUUAGUGUGAAAAAUAGCAUAGGAGAUUGCCUAUCAAGCUCCACGUGUCUCAAACAGUUAUAUUUGGACAGUUGUCCUAAAUUGAAGUUUAUUUCGAGUCUAGAAGGACUUGUCUCUCUCAAAACAGUAAUUAUUAUCAAAUGUCAUGAAUUAGAGCGUCUACCGAGUGGGCUCUCAUCUUGCACUGCUCUGGAGAAAUUGGAGAUAAGGGAAUGCUCUAAUUUGGUUUCUAUUCCUAAAGAAUUGAAACAGCUGCAGCAUCUUGUUGAGUUGGUUUUUGAAAAUUGUCCAAAAUUGAAGUUUAUUCCAAGGCUAGAAGGACUUGUCUCUCUCAAAACAGUAAUUAUUACCAAAUGUCAUGAAUUAGAGCAUCUACCGAGUGGGCUCUCAUCUUGCACUGCUCUGGAGAAAUUGGAGAUAAGGGGAUGCUCUAAUUUGGUUUAUAUUCCUGAAGAAUUGAAACAGUUGCAGUCUCUUGUUGAGUUGCAAUUUUUGAGUUGCAGGAGAUCUUGGGCUCCCUUGCCAGCCUACUCGCUAUUUUGAUUGAGGGAGACCAAUGGAGAGGGAUGGGGAGUGAAGGGGACGGAUGGUAAUUGAGGGAGAGGGAGGGGAGGUUGUCUCCUUCCUUAUUUUUGGAUAUGCAAAGAGCAAGAAGGGGAAGGAGAUGGAGGAGGUUUGGAUCCCCUCAACAACCCCUUGCAACUGUAGAUGUCCAAUCCCCCCAAUUUGGGGAGUUUGGGACGGAUUUGGCGAAGGUUCAGAUUUUGCCAAUAAAAAUUACCGUAAUAU